AUCUUGUGUCGGCGACUGAGGUGAAGGAGGUAGCAGUGAAGAACAGAACCACUACGGCCAGGGGAGGAGGCGGCGGCGGCGGCGAUUCUAGGCGGCCGAGGCGGUGGGGAGAAGGAGGAGGGUGGCGGCCGGGCUUGGCUUCGGCUCCUUGAGGAGUUGGCGGCGGCGCGACCCGGGGAACCGGCAUUGAUGUCCAGCUCGCCGCUGUCCAAGAAACGUCGCGUGUCCGGGCCUGAUCCAAAGCCGGGUUCUAACUGCUCCCCUUCCCAAUCCGUGUUGUCCCAAGUGCCCUCGGUGCCAACCAACGGAAUGGCGAGGAACGGCAACGAAGCAGAUAUCGAUGAGGGCCUUUACUCCCGGCAACUGUAUGUGUUGGGCCAUGAUGCAAUGAAGCGGCUCCAGACAUCCAGUGUACUAGUUUCAGGCCUGCGAGGCCUGGGUGUGGAGAUUGCAAAGAACAUCAUCCUUGGUGGAGUCAAGGCUGUGACCCUCCAUGACCAGGGCACUGCCCAGUGGGCUGACCUCUCCUCGCAGUUCUACCUGCGGGAGGAGGACAUUGGGAAAAACCGUGCUGAGGUGUCACAGCCCCGCCUUGCCGAGCUCAACAGCUACGUGCCCGUCAGUGCCUACACUGGACCCCUUGUUGAGGAUUUCCUCAGUGGCUUCCAGGUGGUUGUCCUCACUAACAGCCCCCUGGAGGACCAGUUGCGUGUGGGCGAGUUCUGUCACAGUCGUGGCAUCAAGCUGGUAGUAGCAGACACAAGAGGCCUGUUUGGGCAACUCUUCUGUGACUUCGGAGAAGAGAUGAUCCUCACGGAUUCCAAUGGGGAACAGCCGCUUAGUGCCAUGGUCUCUAUGAUCACCAAGGACAACCCUGGUGUGGUUACCUGCCUGGAUGAGGCCCGACACGGGUUUGAAAGUGGUGACUUUGUCUCCUUUUCGGAAGUACAGGGCAUGACUGAGCUCAAUGGAAAUCAACUCAUAGAGAUCAAAGUCCUGGGUCCUUAUACCUUUAGUAUCUGCGACACCUCCAACUUUUCUGAUUAUAUACGUGGAGGCAUCGUCAGUCAAGUCAAAGUACCCAAGAAGAUUGGCUUUAAAUCCCUGGCGGCUUCGCUGGCAGAGCCUGACUUUGUGGUGACGGAUUUCGCCAAGUUCGCUCGCCCUGCCCAGCUCCACAUUGGCUUCCAAGCCCUGCACAAGUUUUGUGCUCAGCAUGGCCGACCACCCCGGCCCCGCAACGAGGAGGAUGCAGCACAGCUGGUGUCCCUGGCACAGGCUGUGAACGCUAAAGCUUCGUCGGCCGUGCAGCAGGAUAACCUGGAUACAGACCUUAUCCGGAAUCUGGCAUAUGUGGCAGCUGGGGAUCUGGCACCCAUCAAUGCCUUCAUUGGGGGCCUGGCUGCCCAGGAAGUCAUGAAGGCCUGCUCAGGGAAGUUUACACCCAUCAUGCAGUGGCUGUACUUUGAUGCCCUUGAGUGUCUCCCUGAGGACAAAGAGGCCCUCACAGAGGAUAUGUGCCUCCCGCGCCAAAACCGCUAUGAUGGACAGGUGGCUGUAUUUGGGUCAGACCUGCAAGAGAAGCUGGGCAGGCAGAAGUACUUCCUGGUGGGUGCAGGGGCCAUUGGCUGUGAGCUGCUCAAGAACUUUGCCAUGAUUGGCCUGGGCUGUGGGGAGAAUGGAGAAAUAAUUGUCACAGACAUGGACACCAUUGAGAAAUCGAAUCUGAAUCGACAGUUUCUGUUUCGGCCCUGGGACGUCACGAAAUUAAAGUCUGACACGGCUGCUGCAGCUGUGCAUCAGAUGAACCCACACAUCCGGGUGAUAAGCCACCAGAACCGUGUGGGUCCUGACACUGAACGCAUCUAUGACGACGAUUUCUUCCAAACUCUGGAUGGUGUGGCCAAUGCCCUGGACAACGUGGAUGCCCGCAUGUACAUGGACCGCCGCUGUGUGUACUACCGGAAGCCGCUGCUUGAAUCAGGCACCCUGGGCACCAAGGGCAAUGUCCAGGUGGUGAUCCCCUUCCUGACAGAGUCCUACAGCUCCAGCCAAGACCCACCUGAGAAGUCCAUCCCCAUCUGUACCCUGAAGAACUUCCCUAAUGCCAUUGAGCACACUCUGCAGUGGGCUCGGGAUGAAUUUGAAGGCCUCUUCAAGCAGCCAGCAGAAAAUGUCAACCAGUACCUCACAGACCCCAAGUUUGUGGAUCGGACAUUGCGGCUGGCGGGUACUCAGCCAUUGGAGGUGCUGGAGGCUGUGCAGCGGAGCCUGGUGCUGCAACGACCACAGAACUGGGCAGACUGUGUGACCUGGGCCUGCCACCAUUGGCACACCCAGUACUCUAACAAUAUCCGGCAGCUGUUGCACAACUUCCCUCCCGACCAGCUCACAAGUUCGGGAGCGCCCUUCUGGUCUGGGCCUAAACGUUGUCCUCACCCACUCACCUUCGAUGUUAGCAACCCCCUGCACCUGGAUUAUGUGAUGGCUGCUGCCAACCUGUUUGCCCAAACCUAUGGGCUGGCAGGCUCUCAGGACCGAGCUGCCGUGGCCGUACUGCUGCAGUCUGUACAGGUCCCCGAAUUUACUCCCAAGUCUGGAGUCAAGAUCCACGUUUCUGACCAAGAGCUGCAGAGUGCCAAUGCCUCUGUUGAUGAUAGUCGUCUAGAGGAACUUAAGGCAACGUUGCCCAGUCCCGACAAGCUCCGUGGAUUCAAGAUGUACCCCAUUGAUUUUGAGAAGGAUGAUGAUAGAAACUUUCAUAUGGAUUUCAUUGUGGCUGCUUCCAACCUCCGAGCCGAAAACUAUGAUAUUCCCCCUGCAGACAGGCACAAGAGCAAACUGAUUGCAGGGAAGAUCAUCCCAGCCAUUGCCACGACCACAGCAGCUGUCGUUGGCCUUGUGUGUCUGGAGCUGUACAAGGUAGUACAGGGGCACCGACACCUCGAAUCCUACAAGAAUGGUUUCCUUAACUUGGCCCUGCCCUUUUUCGGUUUUUCUGAACCGCUGGCUGCACCACGUCACCAGUACUAUAACCAAGAAUGGACACUGUGGGAUCGCUUCGAGGUUCAGGGACUGCAACCCAAUGGUGAGGAGAUGACUCUCAAACAAUUCCUUGACUAUUUUAAGACAGAGCACAAAUUGGAGAUCACCAUGCUGUCGCAGGGUGUAUCCAUGCUCUAUUCCUUCUUCAUGCCAGCGGCGAAGCUCAAGGAACGGUUGGACCAGCCGAUGACAGAGAUUGUAAGCCGCGUGUCAAAGCGAAAGCUGGGCCGCCAUGUGAGAGCGCUGGUGCUUGAGCUGUGCUGUAACGACGAGAGCGGCGAGGACGUCGAAGUCCCCUAUGUCCGAUACACCAUCCGCUAACCUUCGUCUGCUCUUUUAGGCCGGCCCGACAACCUGUUCCCGAUCCCUUUCAACCCCGGGUUCCCAGUUGGCCUCCGGCAGUGGCCCACCUAGCCAGGCCUGGUGUUCCUUUGUCAUCCCCUACCUAUCCCGAACCCUUCUUGCCACUGCUUUUUACCUUGUUUGGAACCUGAAUCCUAAUAAAAAAAAAAAUUAACCCAUA